AUGAGGUCUGAAAUAGGAAGGAUCUCUCUUGACAAUGUAUUUAAAGAGCGCGAGGCUUUGAAUUCAGCCAUAGUUAUGUCUAUUGGCAAGGCAGCCCAGCCAUGGGGGAUUGAGUGUCUUCGAUAUGAAAUACGAGACAUUCAUCUUCCCGAGAAAAUUAAAGAGGCAAUGCAAAUGCAAGUAGAAGCAGAUCGGAAAAAGAGAGCCGCAAUCCUUGAGUCAGAGGGACAACGAGAGGCGGCAAUCAACAGAGCUGAGGGGCUGAAGCAGGGUCAGAUUCUUUCCUCAGAGGGACAACGUAUUGAAAUGAUUAAUAAGGCUACUGGAGAAGCUGAGGCCAUUCUUCGAGUAGCAAAAUCGCGUGCCGAGGCUGUCAUCCAAAUUUCAGCUGCAAUUGGGAAUAAGGCGAGCUUGAAUAUUAAUUAUAAGAAAUAUGUACUCUCAUUUUAUGCAAUUAUUUGA